CCUCAUCACGCACAGCUCAAGCCAGUAAAACAGAAGACAAUGUUCUCGUACCCCAGAUCUCCACGUGAAAGAGAAUGCCCACCGCCUGCUCCAGUGUAUUAUGCUCCUGCCCCGCCCCCACCGCCCCCAGUUGUGUAUGCCGCGCCUCCUCCGCCGGUCAUGUACGAGGUUCCGACACCUCCACCUGUCGUGUACGAAGUUCCGGUACCCCCGCCAGUUGUCUACGAAGUUCCAGCACCCCCUCCGGUUGUGUACGAAGUUCCAACCACAGUCAUUUACGAAGCACCACCUCGCGACGAGUACUACGAGUGCUCGCCACGUCGUCACCAUCAUCACCACCGUGGAUGGUGAUCAGGAUCAAUCGCAUUGGUCGCAUUAACCAUCAAUUUUUAAGCAUUAGCCACUUUAGAUUUAAGAAACAGUCUCCUUGCUGUGUUCUUACGAUAUCUAAGUGUUCCAGAAUCUGGACCAUCUGGAAUCCAGAAGAGCCUUAUCGUUAGCAAGGAAUCUUCCCCUC